CAUUAAAAAAACAGAAUUUGUUUUUCAGUUUGUAUCUUAUAUUAUCGAUUGAUCAUUUCCGUGUAUUUGUCGUUUUUUUAAAGUGCGUUUAGGAAUAAUACGAUUUCUAAACGUUUUCGCGACAAUGUCAACUAUAUUAAAUGUCAACUGUCCAACCGCAUGUAUUAACGUCAUUUGUCAUUGUCAAAUGUCAGCUCCAUGUGCGAAAAUUGUUUGAUUUUGAUAAACUGUUCUUCUAUAGUGAAUCGGGAUUAAAAAAUACAAAGUGCAUACAAUUUGUGAUAAAAUUAAAUAUGUUGCGAAGACAGGCGCGUUUGCGCCGUGAAUAUCUAUACAGAAAGUCCGCUGAGGAAAAACAGAAAAGUAUACAAGCAAAGAAGGAUCAAUUGAAACGAUGCUUGGAAGAAAACAUUCCAAUCCAUGGUGAUUUGAGAAAGGAAGCUAUCGCAUUACAGAAAAGAUUAGAGUUUGAAGAUAAAGGCCCGGAAAAGGCUGCGGUUAUCGGUGGUUUUAGUGGAGGAGCGAACACAUUGAAUUCUCAAGAUGAUGAAUAUAGAUAUGCUGGUGUGGAAGACCCUAAGAUUAUGAUCACAACUUCAAGAGAGCCUAGUGCAAGGUUGAAGAUGUUUGUAAAAGAAUUGAGGUUGAUAUUCCCAAACAGCCAGCGAAUGAAUCGAGGUGGCUAUGAAAUGUCGCAACUAAUACACGCGUGUCGCGCGAACGACGUCACCGACUUCAUUGUGGUGCAUGAACAUAGGGGCGUUCCUGAUAGUCUUGUUAUAUGCCACUUACCAUACGGGCCAACAGCAUCCUUCACACUCUCUGGCGUGGUGAUGAGACACGACAUUCCAGAUAUAGGUCCCAUGAGCGAACAGUAUCCGCACCUAGUGUUUCAUAACUUUAAAACUGAUUUGGGAUUAAGAACAAUGAGUAUACUGAAAUAUUUAUUCCCAGUUCCGAAGCCAGAUUCCAAAAGAGUGAUCACAUUUGCUAAUCAUGACGAUUACAUAUGUUUUAGACAACAUACUUAUAAGAAGGCAGGUAAAGACAUAGAGCUCUCAGAAGUGGGUCCCCGAUUCCAAAUGAAGCUGUACGAAAUAAAACUAGGGACACUCGAAGCCCUAGAUGCAGCGGACACUGAAUGGGCGCUUCGCCCCUACAUGAAUACUGCGGCUAAAAGACGCUUCUUAAGUGAUGAAGACGGGUGGCAACAAGAAGAAUAAAUAUACUAUUAAGAUUUA